ACGUUUCUUAUCCACAAAAUCUCCUCAGUAUCCAUCAUUCUAUCUAUUCUUCUCCCACCCUUUACUUUUCCAAAUCCCAUAAUCUCAUUGCACCUGCUACAACUGAUGCAGACACUAACAUAAACCAGUUCCUAAGCAGUGCCAAAACCACCAUAGAAAUGCUACAAAACACAAGAGCUUCAUUACCUUCCCCACAACCAUUCAACACUCCAACCCGUUCUUCAGCACCAACCCCUUUGCCAUUUCAGCUCCUACCCACAUCCAAAUCUUUCCCAACAAUCAAACAGCAAUGCAGUAUAUCGCGUAGGGAUCUCGCAAUCUACGGCAACUCUUGCUUGCUACUUCUGUUGGGUUCUCAGGGAGUGGAAGUUUCCAAAGCAAGAGCAGAGGAAGAAGUUGCUGUUACUACCAACACAAGCAACAUUGAUCAACAAGAAGAGAAUAAUUUGAAUGCCACCACUCCUAACUGCACUGAAAGAAAACCAACCAAGCAAGUGUUCUUGGAUGUAUCGAUUGAUGGCGAACCUGUUGGAAGGAUUACCAUAGGUCUCUAUGGAGAUGAUGUUCCAAUAGGGGUCAAUAGGUUCAGCAAGAUUGUGAGUGGAGCUGCUGGCAUUAGCUACAGAAGAAAAGAGUUUGUGAAGAUCAUGCCAAAUUACGUGCAGCAUGGUGGACUAAGAUCCUAUGGGGUGGACGCCGAAAUUGCAAAAGGGACAGGGAGUGAUUUGGCUGCUGAUACUCUGGUUGGGGAGUGGGAGAGACAGUAUGAGACAUGCUCUGGGGCUAAGAAUGUUGCUGGAAGUGUUGGAAUUGUUGUGAGAGACCCUUCAAAACCGCCUCCGAAACUGAAGCUGGUUGCAAGAAAAGGGAAGCUGGAGAUUGAUCAGGAAGAAGUUGGGGCUGAUCCUAACGGGACAGAGUUUGUCAUUGCCACAAAGGAUUCACCAGAGUUGGAUUCUUCUACUCUGGUGAUUGGAAGAGUAGUAGAGGGAAUGGAGGUUGUGAAGAGGAUUAGUCAAGUGAAAACGGUACAAGAGAAUACAAGCUCUCCUUAUUUCAGGGUGGCAAAGCUAAUAGGAGACAAGAGAGCUGUUGUAGCAGAAAGAGGAUUCAACAGGCCUUAUUCAAAAAUCAUAAUUACAAACUGUGGUGUAUUAGCCUAGCACAUCUUCUUCAGUUGAUUUUACAGUGUCAAUGUAAGGGAACAUAUAAUCGUUCAAUAACAAUCUCCUUUAUCAUCAAA